AUGUCUGAUGAGGAACACAAAUCGGAAUUACUCGACGUGUUUAAUGACAUCAUGAAUAAAAUUAAUGAACUACCUUUACACCCGAAAAAUAAAAUUCUACUAUACAGUCGUUACUUGCUGUCAAAGAUAUCCUGGGACUUAACUGUUUCUGACAUAUCUAAGACCUGGAUCUGCGAAACGUUAGACAGUAUUGCGACAAAAUAUAUCCGAAAAUGGCUGGAACUUCCUGUCUCUGCAACCCUUAGCAACGUGUUGCUUCCACAAAACAAAUUUGGUCUGAAUAUUAUUCUCCCUUCGACAAAAUUUAUCCAAUGUCAAACUGUCUCUCGAUCAGCUUUAAAAUACUCACCAAACGUAGAUAUUAACAAUCUAUGGGCGGUGACGAGCACCAACAAGAACAUACAGUAUGACAUUUACAAAGACACAAAAGACGUACUUAAGGCAGUUAGAAAAGAAAACGAACAAAGACUUCAAAACCACCUCAUUUCGCAAGGUUCUUUCUUUUCCAGUAUCAUGAAUCAUUCCACAUCCACAUCCAACUCUUUAUGAUCAUCCGUUCAGAGCAAACUUCCGAAAAACAUUUUUAACUUCACCAUCCGAUAUAUCAAUAACACACUUCCAACACGAAAGAACCUAUCAAAAUGGGGACUAUCAUCAACAUCCGAUUGCUCUUUCUGCUCCUCACCUGAAACGCUGCUCCAUGUGAUUGCUGGAUGUAAGACAUAUUUAGACGAAGGCCGGUUUACAUGGCGACACGAUUCUGUUUUAAACUUCCUCGCAUCCACUCUUACUGCUGUGAAAAAUUCCACACUUUACGCGAACAUUCCUGGUUUUAUGAAUCCAUCUGUUAUCACGGGAGAUCGUUUACGACCUGACCUUCUGCUGGUGACUGAAAACAGAUGUCUAUACAUCCUCGAGCUUACAGUCGGUUAUGAAUCCAAUCUGCUAGUUAACGCCAAUCGUAAGCGUCAAAAGUACCGUGAUCUAAUCAAUGAGCAGGAAGCAGAUUAUGAUAAAGUCAAGUUCGUCAAUUUAUCCUUGAGUAUCCUCGGAGUUUUUGGUCGAUCUUGUAAAAAUUUCGAUGGCAUGCUAAGUAGCCUUAAAUGUGAUGCCAAGUAUAGUAAAUACAUAAAAAAGCAAAUCGUGAACAUAUGCAUACGAACAUCAUAUUACGUAUUUUGUAAACGAAACAAGGUGUGGGAUAACCCAAAAUUAAUGUUAAUAUAAUCCUUCUUAAAAUAAUUAUUGUACAAUAAAUAUAUAGUAUCAAUUCAAGUAGACAUUGAUAAACUACCUGUAAAGCGAGGUUUAUCAUUGUAGUUGUAUAUAUCCUAAUAAUCAAUAAAUAAAGUUUCCAUUAUUAUUAUUAUUAUUAUUAUUUUUAUUAGAGAUUUACGAUUGUAUAUGUAUGUAAAGAAAAUCAUUUAAUAAAGUUUCCAUUAUUAUUAUUUGCCGUAAGCGGCUCACAUCUUUACGUGGAUCUCGCAGGGUACAAAAGUCCAUCAAUCAUCACUGGUGACACCUACCGUCCAGAUUUGCUUCUUUCAACCUCAACCGGAACACUCUAUAUUGUUGAACUUACAGUUGGCUUCGAAUCAAAUCUUCAAAAAAACGUUGAGCGUAAAAAAUCAAAAUAUAAAGAAUUAAUUAGGGAACAAAAUGAACAUUUCAACUCAGUAAACUUUGUAAAUCUUUCGAUUUGUUCUCUUGGUGUUCUCAGUAAAGAAUGUUCUACUUUCAUAGAAAUGCUUAAUGAUUUUGGUUUUCAAAAGCAACAUCAGAAUUACUGUAUUAAAAGAAUGACGACGAUUGCAAUCCGAACAACGUAUUAUAUAUUUUGUUGUCGAAACAAGGAAUGGAUGAAUCCGGAACUGUUAAGUGUUACGUUGUACUGUCAUUUUGUUAUCUUAAUAGUAUAA